UCACACGUGACUGUGGUCUUCGCCUUUUCACGUUGAUGAAUAGGAAGCGGCUGAAGUCUGUGUGAACUGUAAACUAUUUCUUAUCUAAAACAACACGUUUCUUUCAAGAUCCGAGAUAGGCAAGUGUGUAGAUAUCUGGAAAGUGAGUUUCACUGAGAGAGAGGCAAGGUAUUGAUCCAGAUCAAUACGGUGAUUGAUUAACACGUACGUUUGAAAGUCAUCUUUAUGUAAGCUAACGUUAUCUAACGAACAACAAAACAUUUCCCUUUUCUUAACUCGUGACGACCGUUUGUCUCCCAGUGCCCUCUAUUGACCCGUGAAGCAGGCCGGAGGUAGUGAGGCCAUGGGUGAUAAGGAACUGCUAGAGUUGCCCGUGAGCCAGGGCAAAUUUGAGCAGAUUUGGGGGGACCUAGGAUUUGGUGAGCUGAUCAAGGAGCUGCCUCGUACAAACAGUGAUGCUUGGCUUACCGCUGCAUUGCCCGAUGGCCAUUUUACAGAUGGCUUUGACCUGGAUCUCCCAGAGAACAAGGAUGCUGCUGUUCCUGCAACUGAUGUAGCCCCAGUUGUGGACAGCCUCCCACCUCCUGCCACUGUAAUGCCCUCAACCACAAACUAUCCUGGAGAAUAUGACUUCCAGUUACGCUUUAAUCAGUCCAGCACUACAAAGUCGGCCACAUCUACAGUAAGUGAUGAGCAAAAUAUUUUGAAUAUCCAGUUUUUUUUUUCUCCUGCUUUUUCCCCAGAUCUGCAUACGUUUAUCAACCAGUCUAGUAGUUUUCACUAAAUUUAUAUGGUGUGUGUUACUGACCAUAAUGGAACAUAUAAUUUGGGUUAAUAUUUAGCAAUUUUUUAAAUAAUUUUAGGAAUAGGCAAAUAAAUAAGAAGGCAGGUGAGAGUUGUAGGUAUUCCACUGAUUUAAAUGAUCCAUGGAUAAUUUACAUUACAUUUAUUCAUUUAGCAGACGCUUUUAUCCAAAGCGACUUACAGAUGAAG